GGAGGCAGGGAGAGGGCGGGGACGGGGGCUGGGGCUCAGCCCAGGGGCUUGGGUGGCAUCCUGGGCAGGGCAGGACAGGGGGCUGAGCCGUGGGUAGGGGAGAAUGCGACUCUCUAAAACCCUCGUCGACAUGGAUAUGGCCGACUACAGUGCCGCUCUGGACCCAGCCUACACCACCCUGGAGUUUGAAAAUGUGCAGGUGUUGACCAUGGCCAACGACACAUCCCCAUCUGAAGGCGCCAACCUCAGCUCAUCCAACAGUUUGGGCGUCAGUGCCCUCUGUGCCAUCUGUGGAGACCGGGCCACAGGCAAACACUACGGAGCCUCGAGCUGUGACGGCUGCAAGGGAUUCUUCAGGAGAAGCGUGAGGAAGAACCACAUGUACUCCUGCAGGUUUAGUCGGCAGUGCGUAGUGGACAAAGACAAGAGGAACCAGUGCCGCUACUGCAGACUUAAGAAGUGCUUCCGGGCUGGCAUGAAGAAGGAAGCUGUCCAAAAUGAGCGGGACCGAAUCAGCACGCGGAGGUCCAGCUACGAGGACAGCAGCCUGCCUUCCAUUAAUGCGCUCCUGCAGGCAGAGGUCCUGUCGCAGCAGAUCACGUCUCCCAUCUCUGGGAUCAAUGGUGACAUUCGGGCAAAGAAGAUCGCCAAUAUUACGGACGUGUGCGAGUCCAUGAAAGAACAGCUGCUGGUUCUGGUGGAGUGGGCCAAGUACAUCCCAGCCUUCUGUGAGCUCCUUCUGGAUGACCAGGUGGCCCUGCUCAGAGCACAUGCCGGCGAGCACCUGCUGCUCGGAGCCACCAAGAGAUCCAUGGUGUUCAAGGACGUGCUGCUCCUAGGCAAUGACUACAUUGUCCCUCGGCACUGCCCAGAGCUAGCAGAGAUGAGCCGUGUGUCCAUUCGCAUCCUCGAUGAGCUGGUCCUGCCCUUCCAGGAGCUGCAGAUCGAUGACAAUGAGUAUGCCUGCCUCAAGGCCAUCAUCUUCUUCGACCCAGAUGCCAAGGGACUGAGUGACCCAGGCAAGAUCAAGCGGCUGCGGUCACAGGUGCAGGUGAGCCUGGAGGAUUACAUCAACGACCGUCAGUACGACUCUCGGGGCCGCUUCGGCGAGCUGCUGCUGCUGCUGCCAACCCUGCAGAGCAUCACCUGGCAGAUGAUCGAACAGAUCCAGUUCAUCAAGCUCUUUGGCAUGGCCAAGAUCGACAACCUGCUGCAGGAGAUGCUGCUUGGAGGGUCGGCCAGUGAUGCACCCCACGCCCACCACCCCCUGCACCCUCACCUGAUGCAGGAACACAUGGGCACCAAUGUCAUAGUUGCCAACACGAUGCCCUCUCACCUCAGCAAUGGACAGAUGUGUGAGUGGCCCCGACCCAGGGGGCAGGCAGCCACCCCUGAGACUCCGCAGCCGUCACCACCAAGUGGCUCAGGAUCUGAACCCUACAAGCUUCUGCCUGGAGCCAUUGCCACCAUUGUCAAGCCUCCCUCUGCCAUCCCCCAGCCAACUAUCACCAAGCAAGAAGUCAUCUAGCAAGCCAUUGGGGGUCAGGGGUUCUGCUGGCUCACACCCUCAGAGAGCACCUGGGUGUAACUUAGUCACAGCAAGGAAGAUGUGACAAAAGGGGCCGUUCCCAGAGCAACCAUGGAAAGGGUGCAGAGCCCAAGACCAUGGGCUGAAUUCCACAUGCAUUGCCACCCCUGACCCCACACCCCGGAGGGCAGGCCUUCGCCUUGAGGAGCCCCGAGCUGGGAAGUUUUCUGCUGCCUGGACCACUUUUCCCAAGUUGAAGCCACUGUCUUCAUCUUCAUCCGUAUCUUCCCUCAGCUUCUUCUCCCCGAAGGAUGACUGUCUGCUGAUGUUGCAGGACCUUGUUGAAACACAGCUCCCUUUCCCUCCCGCUGCUGGGGCCUCUUCCUUCCUGGUGCUGGUCAGGGGGUCUGGAUGCAAAGCUCCUGAGGCUGAGUCAGCUUGCAGUGUGGUACUCCUCUCUCUUCCGCUGUGCCAACCUCAGGCGACCCCCUUUCCCAUCCUCCACUGUUACCUUCCUCAGCCAUUCUGUCUUCUCCAAAGCCACCUCUCGGGAGGCUGAGGAAGAUGUGGCAACCAUUUCCCCAUUCAUUCUGAGAACCUUUUGUAAGCACUGACCCGGGUGAGGCAGAGGGCAGGAGUCACCACCUCUCUCCCCACCUCUGCCAACACCAGCAUGAUUCUUCCCUCCCGUACUAGGCCACACCUUUGGAGCGAUGAGCCCUAUGGCUUCCUAUAGCAGAGAGUCAUCCAAGGGGAGACAAUUGCAACAGAAUGUAGAGAGAGGUUGGGAGCCAUGGGGAAAGCAUCUAGAGAGAGGCAAGCUCUGCCUCUGUCCCUUGAGAGGAAAGAGUGGGCUUCAGGCUAGCACAGCAGGUGACAGACCAGUUUCCAGGAGCCUGAAUGAAGGCUCAGAGGCAAGAAACAUAGUGUGGGAGGGAGACAAUGAAGAAAUCCGUUUCCAUAGCAUUGAGAUGGGACACACACUGGGGACUACGGAACCUUGAGUGCUAGACUGAAGUCAGAAGUAGCUGCGGUGUGGUGCUGUCAGAAGCUGAACACAUCCUGCAGAGGUAGGGCUACUGAGACAGAGCAAGGAGGCUAGACUAGAGCUUGGGGCUGGGACAGAGCAAUGGAUCAGGGCCGUCCCCAGGGCCUGUCAAACUCUCUCAUACUCCCAGAUGGUGCCAUAGGCAUUGACAUCCACUAUCUCAUAGAACCUUCAGAAGAUGAAAGUACAGGAUCUUAACUGCCUCAUAGGAAGCUCUUGUCUCCCCUGUGAUGGAACUCAGAGAUUUCACCAUCCUUUACCUGUAUCGAUACCAGAGGCUUGCUCUUUCCAGACCGUGUCAGCUAGAGGGUGUUCUAAAGUCCCACUGGAAGUCAAGAAUCCUGUUUGCUGAGAAGUAGCCGAGCGGAUUCGUGACUCCUGUCCUUUACUCUCCCCAAGUGUGAAGAGCAGCAAGGGUGUGGUUCCUGGAAGAGGGACCCGUCUAGUCUGGGAGUCCAGGGCUGAGAUAGACUGGGUGAGGGGCAGGAGAGGGAUAAGAAAGCCUGGGCCAGGCUUGCUUGAGGAGCUGCAUGCAAGCUGCAUCCUGGAACUGCUAAUCCCCAGCAGUCAGCACUUAGCCCCUGCCUGACUCUGGAUGGCUUUGAGGAGCCCCUACAAAGUGCCACUGACCAAUGUUUCCAAGGCUGGAGGUGUGAUAAGCAGGAGGAAAGAGCCAUGAGAUUAACUAUCAUGUUCCAUCAGGGCUGGCGCUUCUGAGUGGGUGGAGCUAGCACCCCAGUGUCCAGAAAUCCCAGCUUCAGUGAUAGGGUCCUCUGUAAAAUGGAGGGGUACUGGGGCCACCUGCUUAAAGAAAAAGAACACCACAGUCCGGGAUGGUCAGGAUGGGUUGUCCUUAAUCCCUUAGGCUAUGUCUUGGGUCUCAGGACAGACUUGUCCAUGCUCAGAGCCCUCAAGGCUUCCUUGGCCAUCCUCACUCCAGUACCCCCAGAGGCUCCAGGCAGAUCGCUCAGACUGCUCUGAUGGACAGCUGGCCUCCUCCUGGACAUUGCCUCCCACUCUUUGCCUCUCCAUCCCCAGUGAUGUUCAUGAGAGGGGUAGGAAAUGUUGACUUUCAGGGGUAGCAGUCUUCUGGUGUAGGGGUCAGCCGUUGCCCCCCCCCCCCGUCCAUACUUUCUGAAGGAGAAAUCCAUCCCACACUAAUAGCUAUUACAAUAUGGGAAACGUGAAAUAAAAGUUUACCCUUCUGAUUAUAAGCUGAGGACACUAUGUUGGAGUUUUCUCUUCUGAGUUUUGGUCCUGCUAUAAUACGAUGGACUAAGUACAAGCUGGUGGUAGAGAAGGGCGGGUGCUAAGCUUUUCUCCUGAGACCACCCUCCUUUGUUCAGGGAACUCUCAGAAGCUUCCAGCAUUCAGGAGGCUUUCCUGAAGUGGACACAAGAGAAGGGAGGAUUGGACACAGAUGUCCUUGCUUUCUUGUGACAACCACGCCAUUCACCCUGGCCAUUCUCUGUGGCCUACCCUGUUAAUAGAAAUCGUGAACUUCAUACCCAGCAUUCAUAAAGUACCCCCCCAUCAGACUAGUUUGUACAUGCAAACAUCACUGGGGUCCCACACUGAGCCCCAAAUCCCACCAUUACUGCCUAAGGGGUCAAAAAACCCUUCAAAAUCUCAAAAUAGGUUCUUACUCUUGUGUUUUAGCAUAAGUUUAUCCAAAAAUAAUAAAUGGCACGUAUGUU